AAUUUUGGGAGUGCCCAGAGGAUGGUGAUUCUUUCAGGGGGCUCGAGGAGGGAGACGAAAGGAUAAGGGCGUUUUAUCCAAGUUCAACGGUUGAGCUUUCUGUUUAGGCAAGAAUCAUCCAUCUUUCCCCUUUAGGAUUCAAUGUCGUCGAUUCACCUCACCUGUCAACGGCCUCUUCCUUCUCUGAGUUAUUCUUCUUCUUCUUCUUCCAUAUUCUCUUUCAGCUUCAGCCCCACCAACAUUUCCCUCCACCACUCUAAUAAAAGUCGUCCUCUUCUCAGGCGACUCAAUGUUUUCGCCAUGGCUCCUCCUAAGCCCGGCGGGAAGGCCAAGAAAGUUAUUGGAGUGAUCAAGCUGGCUCUUGAGGCUGGCAAGGCCACCCCUGCGCCUCCCGUUGGCCCCGCCCUCGGUUCUAAGGGUGUCAACAUUAUGGCCUUCUGUAAGGAUUACAAUGCCAAGACUGCUGACAAGGCUGGUUAUGUCAUCCCUGUGGAAAUCACUGUCUACGAUGAUAAAAGCUUUACCUUCGUAUUGAAGACACCGCCUGCCUCAGUUCUGCUUCUUAAGGCAGCAGGGGUGGAAAAGGGUUCGAAAGACCCCAAGAUGGAAAAGGUAGGAAAGGUCACAAUUGAUCAAGUGCGUGCAAUUGCUACUGAAAAGCUGCCAGAUUUGAAUUGCACAACUAUUGAAUCAGCCAUGAGAAUCAUAGCAGGUACUGCAGCAAAUAUGGGAAUUGAUGUUGAUCCUCCUGUUCUUGAACCCAAAAAGAAGGAGAUCCUGUUAUAAGGCCUCAUGUCUAAACUUGCUGCUUCAUAGAACUCACUAGCAAUGUGACAAGGCCUCCUGUUGCUUGAUCACCCAAGGUAUUUAGCGUAUUGUCUUCUUCCGGAAAGCUUUUUGUAAGUGAUGGUGCCUGUCUCUCGGUUAGUCUUUCCCCGCCCAGUCAUUAAAAGUUUAUAACUCAUGUUUCUCACAGCAAAUGAGAAAGCCGCAGCCAAUUUUCUCAAUAUUUAGGCGGAGCUUGCAUGCGCAUAGAUCAUUCAGUUUUUUCAGUCCACACGUUGUUCCAGUUGUCUUGGUGUAUUGGAUUUAAAUUUAAAUUAAAUUUAAAUAAUGUUCUUGCAAAGAA